CGCAGCCGCAGAUAUUCACGAGCCGUUGAGCUGUUCCCUCGUCGAUCUCCUCCAACGCCGGCCGCUCGUCCACGCCUCCUCUCCACCACCACCACCACCUCCCGUCCUCCCGCGGCCUCCUCCGCACCACCACCGCCUCAUCCGCUCCGGGGGGCUCCGCCAUGUCCGCCACGCCGCCGUCGUCGCGGGACCCGUCGCCGCAGCACCGGCGGCCGCUGUCGUCGUCGUCCGCCGCAGUGGGGAAGGCGCGCGGGGGGCUGCUGCUAGGGAGGUACGAGCUGGGGCGGCUGCUCGGCCACGGGACGUUCGCCAAGGUGUACCAGGCGCGGAACGCGGACUCCGGGGAGACGGUCGCGAUCAAGGUGCUCGACAAGGAGAAGGCGCUCCGGCACGGGCUGGUGCCGCACAUCAAGCGGGAGAUCGCGAUCCUCCGCCGCGUCCGCCACCCCAACAUCGUGCGGCUGUUCGAGGUGAUGGCCACCAAGUCGAAGAUCUACUUCGUCAUGGAGCUCGUCCGCGGCGGGGAGCUCUUCGCCCGCGUCGCCAAGGGCCGGCUCAAGGAGGACACCGCGCGGCGGUACUUCCAGCAGCUCAUCUCCGCCGUCGGGUUCUGCCACGCGCGCGGCGUGUUCCACCGCGACCUCAAGCCCGAGAACCUCCUCGUCGACGAGCACGGCGACCUCAAGGUCUCCGACUUCGGCCUCUCCGCUGUCGCCGACCAGUUCCACCCCGACGGCCUCCUCCACACCUUCUGCGGCACGCCCUCCUACGUCGCGCCGGAGGUGCUCGCCCGCCGUGGCUACGACGGCGCCAAGGCGGACAUAUGGUCCUGCGGCGUCAUCCUCUUCGUGCUCAUGGCUGGGUACCUUCCUUUCCAUGACCAGAACCUCAUGUCCAUGUACCGAAAGAUUUACAGGGGGGAAUUCCGGUGCCCUAGAUGGUUCUCCAAGGAUCUUACCAGCCUACUGAAUCGUCUUCUUGACACUAACCCAGAGACAAGGAUCACUGUCAAAGAGGUCAUGGAGAGCAGGUGGUUUCAGAAGGGAUUCCGGCCGGUCAGAUUCUAUGUUGAGGAUAAUCAAGUGCACAGCUUGGCAGAUGGUGAGAAUGAGAUACUGGAGCUGGAACCUAGAGAACCUCCUCCUCCUCCCCCACUCCCGCCGCCACCGCAGCAAGAUGAUGACGGCGAGGAGUCAGGAUGGGAGUCGGACUCAUCUGUGGCAUCCUGUCCAGCCACAUUGUCAUCUGAGGAGCGUCGACAAAGACCUCCCAGGUCUCUCACACGGCCAGCUAGUCUUAAUGCAUUCGAUAUCAUAUCAUUCUCUAGGGGAUUUGAUUUGUCAGGGUUGUUUGAGGAGCGAGGGAGCGAGGUGAGGUUCGUAUCAGCAGAGCCUAUGCAAACAAUCAUCACAAAAUUGGAGGAGAUUGCAAAGGUGAAGAGCUUCUUUGUUCGGCGAAAAGACUGGCGAGUGAGCAUAGAAGGCACAAGGGAAGGGGAAAAGGGUCCAUUGACAAUCGCUGCUGAGAUAUUUGAGCUCACACCAAGCCUGGUGGUGGUGGAGGUGAAGAAGAAGGCAGGGGAUAAGGAAGAAUAUGAUGACUUCUGUAACAGGGAGUUGAAACCUGGGAUGCAGCAUCUCGUGCACCAUAUGGGAUCAGUUCCAAAUAUACCUUCUGAUACAGAGUAGUUUGAACUAAGAAAGGUAGUUCUCUUGCUUGAAGGGGAUAUAAGGAUAUUUUGGAUUAUAAGCAUGAACACUUGAGAGGCAAAAUGAUACCCAGUUUCCUUUAGUCCAUUUUCGGCUGUUUUGGUGUCAUUCGUUCCUUCCAGGCAAAUGAUGUAUGUCAGUGUUUGCAUGCCAAUUUCAGCUAUGAAAUAUCUGUUUAGCUGUUAUACAGUUCAAGGAGAGGAAAUUUGAGUGUGGCAUUCACUAUCAAUGAAGAGGACUUCUACUUUUAUGUA